AUGUUUCUAUCCUCGCUAUUCUUUGUAACAAGCCUGCUGGGGUCGGCCUCCGCAUCUUGGUGUGCAGCUGAAGAUCCUUCUGCUGACGUUUUGUCUACAAUACGCGCGUUGAGGGAUGCCGAAAGGGACAAGUCUUUUACUCUUUCCCGUCGGCAAGAUGAUCCCAUCGACAUUCCGGUAUAUAUGCACGCAGUUGUCAAUACCACGAAUGAAGACACGGUCUUAGACAGCAAUAUUCUUGAGGCACAGCUUGCUGUGAUAUCGGACCGCUUUGCCCCCCAUGGCAUCUCGUUUACGCUGCAAGGUAUCGAUCGAUUGGUGGACGAUGAUCUAUCAAGAGGCUACACCAGUCUAGCCUGGAGCGGCCAUCUAGUCUCGUCAAGAAAAGGCGACUACGCGACUCUCAACCUCUGGUACGUCACCAAUAUGGACCCCUCCAUCGGCGGCGGAUGUUCCAUCCCCAACGCAAACACUCCACCUGGCUCCAUCCUCGCACGACUGGAUGGCUGCACACUACAAGGCUAUUCGGUACCAGGCGGCAGGUUUAAUGGAACAACUUACCUUGGAGAAAUCUCUGUGCAUGAGAUCGGCCAUUGGCUUGGACUACUACACACCUUUGACGGCGAGUCGUGUACAGGAAAUGGAGACUACAUCGACGAUACACCGGCCGAGAAGUCUUACGAAUUCAUGGCCUGCCCAAUUGGAAAAGACACUUGCCCUGAUCAACCUGGGUUAGAUCCUAUUGACAAUUUUAUGGAUUACUCUGGAGAUGGAUGCUGGAACAAUUUUACUCCAGGACAAAAGAGCUUGGAAGUACCCUCAUUCAUGAGCAAUGCGCCAAGAAGAAACCCACCUGGAGUCUUCAGUGCCGUGAUCGAGUUGAUGGCCACAAGUGAAGAGGUUAAAAACGUUCGUUACGGUAAUGAAGAGGCUGUCAGCAGGCCCAGACUUCCGCACCCACCGCCAAGAAGUCUUUACUUGGCUGGCGUACUCACGACGAACCUGAUCACACUCGGACUUUGGUCUUGGGCCAAGCGCAAGUCGUCGGGGAUGUCUCGUUUCUUUCCCCAGACACUUGGCACUUUACAACUUCUACCUGAGGGCUAG